AUGAGCGGAGCCCAACAUGAUGCUUUGCUUGCACAGAUCCUCACCGGGCUGUCAGACAUUCGUCGCGAGAUGUCGCGCUUGAACGAUCGUCUCGAUAGUGUUGAGCGCACAGAGCCAAACACGCCUACCAUGGGCAACUUUUCGCCUAUUUUCUCGCCUGCGCGUCGACAGAGCUUCGCAGCGUACCACUCGUCGCUCGAUCGAUGGAAUCCGGAGCGUGCACGACCGCAUGAACCGACGAAGCUUACACUGUCGCUUGAGCAGGAUGAGGCUCCUGUCGAAGCGACGGACCCUUCGUUGAACCUGUGGUCUGUUGUCCCAGCCGGCGGCGCCGGUACGCGUCUCUGGCCACUUAGUCGCGAGAACUGCCCCAAGUUCCUCUUGGACCUUACUGGCAAUGGCCGAAGCCUGAUCCAAAACACAUGGGACCGCCUCCUUCCUCUUUCAGGCACGGGAAAGCUUAUGAUUGUUACUGGCCGCAUCCACACUGGCGCCGUGCAGGGCCAACUGCCGCAGCUCAUUCCUUCGAACGUCUUUUCUGAGCCGUCGCCUAAGGAGUCGAUGGCGGCCAUCGGCCUCGCUGCUUCGGUGCUCGCACGCCGGGACCCAACGGCCGUUCUUGGUUCGUUUGCGGCCGACCACAUUGUUUCGGGCCGUGAGGCUUUCGAGUCUUCUGUGCGUGAGGCUGUCAUGGCUGCUAGGGAGGGCUACCUUGUCACGAUUGGUAUUGCUCCAUCGUAUCCAUCAACCGGUUUUGGUUAUAUUAAGCUAGGUGGUAAGCUGGAUCUCCCCGACGCGCCCAACGUGCAGCGCGUGGAUGAGUUCAAGGAAAAGCCUGAUGCUCGCACGGCAAGUGCAUACUUAAGCACGGGUGAGUACCGCUGGAAUGGUGGUAUGUUCGUUGUGAAGGCUGCUACUCUUGUCGACCUGAUGGCAAAGUAUGUGCCUGACCUCCACGCCGGUCUACAGAAAAUCGCCGAGGUUUGGGACACGCCAAACCGUGACGCGGUUCUGAAUGAGGUCUGGCCCACGCUUCCCAAGAUUGCUAUCGACCAUGCCGUUGCUGAGCCGGCUUCGAAGACUGGUCAGGUGGCUGUCGUGCCAGCGACCUUUGGUUGGGACGAUGUCGGUGACUUCUCAUCCCUGUCGGCGCUUCUCCCCGCCGAGAAGAACCAGGCUCGUGUUCUUGGCGAACCCUCGCUUGUUUUGACCGAAGGUCAGAUGGGUGGUAUCAUUGUUCCAGCAUCUGGCCGCAAAAUCGCCUGCUUGGGUAUGGACGACGUCGUUGUUGUCGAUACGCCCGAUGCUUUGCUCGUUACCACCCGCGCGCGUAGCCAAGAUGUAAAGAAGAUUGUUGCCAAGUGCAAGAAGGCCCAUCCAGAGAUUUGCUAA